AGCGAGAGGUCCGCGCGACCUUUUACCAGCGCGUUCACAUCACUUGUACUUUUCUUUUUUUUGUAUUGUACAUCUCACAGGUUAUAUUAUACUAUGUUCAUAUCACAGGUUAUAUUGUACUAUGUUCAUAUCACAGGUUAUAUUAUACUAUGUACAUAUCACAGGUUAUAUUAUACUAUGUUCAUAUCACAGGUUAUAUUGUACUAUGUUCAUAUCACAGGUUAUAUUAUACUAUGUUCAUAUCACAGGUUAUAUUAUACUAUGUUCAUAUCACAGGUUAUAUUAUACUAUGUACAUAUCACAGGUUAUAUUAUACUAUGUUCAUAUCACAGGUUAUAUUGUACUAUGUUCAUAUCACAGGUUAUAUUAUACUAUGUUCAUAUCACAGGUUAUAUUGUACUAUGUACAUAUCACAGGUUAUAUUGUACUAUGUACAUAUCACAGGUUAUAUUGUACUAUGUUCAUAUCACAGGUUAUAUUGUACUAUGUACAUAUCACAGGUUAUAUUGUACUAUGUACAUAUCACGGGUUAUAUUGUACUAUGUUCAUCUCACAGGUUAUAUUGUACUAUGUACAUAUCACAGGUUAUAUUGUACUACGUACAUAUCAAGGGUUGUAUUAUACUAUGUUCAUAUCACAGGUUAUAUUGUACUAUGUUCAUAUCACAGGUUAUAUUAUACUAUGUUCAUAUCACAGGUUAUAUUGUACUAUGUACAUAUCAAGGGUUAUAUUAUACUAUGUUCAUAUCACAGGUUAUAUUGUACUAUGUACAUAUCACAGGUUAUAUUGUACUAUGUACAUAUCACAGGUUAUAUUGUACUAUGUUCAUAUCAAGGGUUAUAUUAUUAUAUGUACAUAUCACAGGUUAUAUUGUACUAUGUUCAUAUCACAGGUUAUAUUGUACUAUGUUCAUAUCACAGGUUAUAUUGUACUAUGUACAUAUCACAGGUUAUAUUGUACUAUGUUCAUAUCACAGGUUAUAUUGUACUAUGUACAUAUCACAGGUUAUAUUGUACUAUGUACAUAUCACGGGUUAUAUUGUACUAUGUUCAUCUCACAGGUUAUAUUGUACUAUGUACAUAUCACAGGUUAUAUUGUACUAUGUACAUAUCACAGGUUAUAUUGUACUAUGUUCAUAUCACAGGUUAUAUUGUACUAUUUUACUCCAGUACAUAAAUAUUGUACUCUUUACUUCACUAUCUCAGAAGUAAAUAUUGUACUCUUUACUGUACUACAUCUCAGAGGUACAUAUUGUACUUUUUACUGUACUACAUCUCAGAGGUACUUUUUACUGU